AUGUACACGAAGAAUGGUCCGAAUUAUAGUGAAUUUUUGGGGGUGUUACAUAUUGUAACCGAGGUUGAUAGCAAGGUAGAUAAAUUUAAGGUUGGAGACAAAGUAGGUGUUGGAUGUAUGGUAGGAUCAUGUCGAAAAUGUGAGAAUUGUAGCGUUGAUCUCGAGAAUUACUGCCCUGGUCAGAUUCCUACAUACAACGGCUAUAGCUCAGAUGGAACCCUCACGUUCGGAGGUUACUCCGACAUGAUGGUAUCCGAUGAACAUUUUGUUGUACGCUGGCUUGAAGAGUUGUCGAUGGAUGUUGCUCCCCUGUUAUGUGCUGGAAUCACUACUUAUAGUCCUUUGAAAUAUUUUGGACUCAAUAAGCCUGGAAUGCACAUUGGUGUUGUUGGUCUUGGAGGACUCGGACAUAUGGUUGUUAAGUUCGCAAAGGCAUUCAGAACCAAAGUGACUGUCAUUAGUACAUCUGCUAAUAAGAAGCAAGAAGCAAUUGAGCGUUUGGGCGCAGACUCUUUCUUGAUCAGCCGCGAUCCUGAGCAGAUGAAGGCUGCAAUGAACACAUUGGAUGGGAUCAUCGACACUGUUUCUGCAGUGCACCCUAUUCUUCCAUUGCUUAUGUUAUUGAAAUCUCAUGGUAAGAUUGUUAUGGUUGGUGCACCAGAAAAACCGGUGGAGUUGCCCGUGUUUCCUCUACUUAUGGGAAGGAAGCUAGUGGCUGGAAGUGGCAUAGGAGGGAUGAAAGAGACUCAAGAAAUGUUGGAUUUCGCGGCUAAGCAUAACAUAACACCAGAUAUUGAAGUCGUGCCAAUGGACUAUGUUAACACCGCGUUGGAACAUCUUCUGAAAUCGGACGUGAAGUAUCGUUUCGUGCUCGAUAUUGGCAAUACAUUGAACAAGAAAUGAGAAUUUUAAUUUGGGGGGGGGGGAUCAAUUAUUUGUGUUUACUUUGUUCGUCUAAGCUACUACUUUUAAACGUUGAGGCACUAUAGCUUAAAAUUCACAGGAAUUUCCUUAUUUUUUUUCAAGUUAAGAAUUGUGUUGUGACAUUUUCUAGCAGUGAUUCU